CCCAUUCACUUCGCACCCUGCACCUGCGGAUGCACUGGUUUCAAUUCCCAUCGCCUCGUUUCACUUUCUUUUUCCCACAACGACAAUGUCGAGCACUCCCCCUCAAGCCUCUUCUAGCGCUUCCACUGGAAUUCAGCUCGCUCGCGAUGCAGAGCUUCUCAUUCAAGACUUCUUGCCUCCAUAUAGCGAGCAUACUGGUCCUUCCAACGGAAUUCCGCUUCCCCUUUGUAUCCCACAAACUGCCACUAAAUUCGGCUCUCCCUUCUCUCGCGGCUACAACAAUGUGCUAUCAGAGGCUGUGGACCUACCUCAGGCUGAGCUUUUGGCUUUCAUCGACGGUCUGAACCUCGCUAUGACCGCGAGUCCACCCCUUCGUGUCGUGGACACGGCGGGUAUGAUCAUUGGUCUUAUACCAUAUCACUGGACAAUAAUAGCCAGUACCGUAAUACAAACCGCCGCCCAGACGGGAAUGCACGUCCUAUCGAAAACCCUGACGGACCGGUACCUGCGUGCAGCCAAUCAGCGCUUGUUCAAACCACGAGGUCUCUCCGUUCGCUUGUGCACCACAAAUGCCAUGAUGAGACUCAUCUCCGGUGAGGGCGAGGAAGCGCCCAAAAUCUCCACGAUGAACAAAAUUGGUCGAACAGUAGGAACCGUCCUAUUAUCGCUCCCAAUUCCUUUCAGCAGCCGUAUCGUGCGCCUUAUCGCUGAUAAACCUGAGAAGAUUGCUCCUUCUGAGGGCCCGAACAAGAAUCUCGUGCUUCAACGAAGGCUUCAACUCGUCGAGGGUCUGGCGCUCCCGCUGGAGCUUGAUAACAUACCACCCCCCGAGAAACCGGAGGGGAUGAUGGACAAGAUGAAUGCAUAUGGGGUGAGGUUCGACAAGUAUAGGAAUAACAGGAAGGAAAAGAAAAAUGAGACUCGACGCAGGGAGCUGGCCCGCUUAGAAGCUGGAGGCUCUGAUCUGAGCAGGAGAGAAAGAUUGAGGCGUAUGGGGAUGGAACGCAGCAGGAGACGAAACGGUCUAAUAAGCGGGAUCCUCGGGCCGAAGGAAACUAAGCUAGAGAGGCGAGUUGCGAAUGCCGACCUUCUGGAGUACUGGAGCACUGAUAAGAUCAUCUGGGUUGUCAUAAUGAACGAAGAUAAAGACCGAGAAAUUGAAGGAAUUGAAAUCGCGGAUAGUCUUGAAGAUGAAGAACGCAUCGAUGACAGGGUGUGGAAUGAUGUUAUGGCUUUAGAGCGGGAUGAAUUAGACGAGGAGCUGUUAGUGGAGGCAGAAGAAAAGAAGUAGAAAUACAGUACAAAACAACGGCGGACUUUUGGGGGUUCAUAAAUGAGGUAUAAUAGCAUGGAAACCACAAGAAUCAUCUGAGUUGAUAUGCUACCUAUGAUGGUUUUGACCUUUCUUCGCAGAAGUGGAGUUCUGUAUUAGUCCACUUUUUGAAUUAUCACGUGGUGGCGCACCUACCAUUUCGGUAUAUACUC